AUGCCACCAAAACGCCGCGCUGCAGAGCCGGCCGAGGCAUCGACAACUCCUCAGCGACCCUCGAAACUCGCAAAGGAGCACAACAUCACAGCAGCAGAGGAGUCAGAAAUUAAGGAUGCUUUCUUGAUAUUCCAGCAGACAAGAAAAGGCGAGAAGGAGAAAGUCAUCCCAAUCCAAGAUGUGCGGAGAGCUAUGAAAGCCCUCGGCAUCCCCCCCACCACCAAAGAAAACGAAGAAUUCACCAGAAUCCUCGACCCCGACGACGACGGCUACGCCCUCUACAGUUCCUUCGUGGCAAUCUGCGCCCUGAAAUUCCACAGCCGGUCCCGCACGUCCGAUUCGCAUAACAAGGAGGUCGACGAGGCGUUUGCGAUGUUUGGUGUUAAGGGGGAUGGUAAGAUUACGUUGUCGACGCUGAGGAAGGUGGCGAGUAUGCUGAAGGAGGAGGUGGACGAUGAGUUGUUGAGGAGGAUGAUUCUGGAGGCGAAUGGGGGCGCGGGGGUUGCGCAGGGGGUGGAUAGGGAUGAGUUUGAGGGGAUUAUGAGGAGGGCGGGGGUGUGGAGGUGA